AGAUACUGGUUAUACUACCUACUUAUACAUACAUAUGUACCAAAUGUAUAUUUGCAUGUUGUUUGGUGAUAAAGUGCAAAAGAUGUUCUUAAAUUAAAUUAAAUUACAACAUUUUACGAUGAGUGAGUUAAGAAGAAAUCAACAGGAGCCAAAUAUAUAUUCAAUGCAUUUUCUCGAAUGCCUAUGGCUCCCAGUCAAUAUGUCAGCACCGGUGGGUCCGGAACCAGCCACGAUCAUUUGUCCAACUUGCAAUAAACAAGUAAUCACCAGCGUGGACCAUACAUCAUCCACGAAAACGCAUUUGAUAGCUUUGCUUUUAUGUGUUAUCGGCUUUUGGCCGUGCGCUUGCUGCCUUUAUUGCACAGGCUGUGCUCGUAAUGUCGAACAUCGAUGCCCAUCAUGCAACAGCUUCAUUGGAGUUUACGAACGUUGAAGUGGCUUAUUAGCAACUAAUAACCGUUAUUUUCAACGACACCUACUAUACUGUAUAUAUAAGCGCAUAUAUAUAUGUAGGUAUAUUAGGGUGAUUAAAAAAAAAUUUUUAUUUUUUUUCGUUUGGUACUUUGAAAAAUAGGUUCCUAGACACCUCUAAGAAAGCCUCUCUAAAAACCUAUGAGUUUCAUCAUUCAUAAUGAUUUUUUUCUUUGAGUUAUAAAAUUUAUAAGAAAUAAAAAAUUUUCCCAAAAAUAAUCAAAUUUUAA